UAUAUUUCGCUAUGGAGGGAUAUGAUUCUAGGAAGCCUCCGAGUGUUCGAGUAACCGUUCUAGAAGAUCCAAACAGCAGCCUUCAAGAACUUUUCAAUCCCGCCUCCCAGAGGCAACAGGUUCCUUUACAUCAACGUAAUCUACCGAAAUCUUUUUUCGUUCCACCUGGAGAUGUGAAUGACAGUUCUCGACUUUCCAAGCUUAACUCCGUACACAGCAACGAAAGAAAUUCUGCAGAUUUUGUGGUGUUCCAUAGUAAAGCGAAUUCAUCUCCAGCCUGUUUGGAUGCUGCACUUAGAACGUCUGUUUCUGCAAAUGUUCCUAAUCACAGCCAUCAAAAAAGUCUUGAUGUUGCUUCCAAAUACAAGACGGAAUUUAGCCCAGAUUUUGCUUUCUCCGGUUCGUGUAGCCCGGGAUUGUUUCAGGGACAAAGAAACUCACAACAAACUGCACUACUUUAUGGACCCACCAUGACGUUUGCUAUAAGCGAGCUUCCCGUUGGAUUUGACAUGGCGAUAAAUGAGAGCAAUCAGGUAUAUUUUCUAAAUCAUCAAACACAAGAAACCACAUGGUUUGAUCCUAGAAUACCAGAAAAGUUCCAGAAGUGGGGUAUGACUCCAGAAGAACUAGAGCAAGUGCACUUACGCUACGCUAAACAAUUUUUAUGCACAAUCCCGUCUUCGAAUUUGAAUGUAUGUGUUCAACAGGUUGAUCGAAUAUCACCAUCACUUGUGUCUAGUCCAAACUCCUGCGUUCCUGCAUCAUCACCAUCGGGUUUCCUUAACAAAAACCAAUCUGGAGUACCAUCGCCUAUGGCAUCUAUAUCUGUUUCACCGAACUCAUCAACAUCUGGACUUCCUUUGCAUAAUUUACCAUUGAAUUCGUCUUCUACUUGUACAAAUGUUCAAAAUCGUCUAAGAUCAACCAUUGCUGUAAAUAAUAAUAACAGUAAUAAUAGUAACAAUGGUAAUGAUGGCAACAAUAAUCAAAAUAUUGCAGCUACCCAUCGUUCUCAUCCAAAUCAGUUGCCUUAUCCUCAUCAUCAACAUUCACAUCAAGUAAAUGAACAAUUACAAACAUCCGGUGGUAUACAACAUCAACGACAACAUUCACAAGGUCUCCCUGUACAAUCUCAACCAACAAGUCAAUCGCUUGUAACGCAUUUUCGCUCUUGUAGUCAGCCAGUUUCCAUGUCCAGUGGUCGAGAUUGUGGUUCCAAUACAGGUGUAAUACUAAGUUCAAACUCAUCGGGUGUAUCUACAGCCACAACAACAGUAACAGGAACUUUGGGUCAGACUCAACUUCGGAUUCCUGGAAGUUUAGGUGGCAUUCUAUCAUCAAGUUCCUCACUUACAGGUCUAUGUGGUUCGAAUGUAAAUACUGGUCAACAAGGGUGCGUUACCGGUUCCAUUAGUACAUCAUCUGGACAAUUGGUCCAAGGACUUGAAUGCUUACGAUUGAAUGCAUCAGUUACUUCUACAAGUGCAUUAAAUAACUCCAAUCAUGUGCUGCUUGAUCAACAACAAAUCCCCAAAACACAAAGAGUUCAACAACCUCAAUUCAUUCUGUCAGCUAAUUCCGGUAUAGUUUAUGGAUCAAACAUAAAUACGGCUGCAGCACGAAUUGUUGGCACAGUGUUACCUACUACUCCCCAACCUGGUAAUCAACAUUCACAUCAAAGCAGUAUGGAUAGUGGAGUGGGUCAGUCUCUCACAGGUCAAUCAAACCCUAGUGCUAAUCAAACUCCUGAGCAUACUGUUAUGCUAUUUUGUGAUCCAAGCAUUGGUGCUUGUGGUGCAGAACAUAUGGAAGGAAUCGCUUAUCCGAAUGAAGAACUCAUUUGUACAGGAUUUAACGAUUUCGACAAUAUUGAUAUUUCAGAUAUGAGUACUUAGUGUACUCGUUAGAUUUUUCUGGUUCCUUCAAAUGUUCAAUCAUCAAAUGAUCGACUAACUGACAAGUAUUGUCAAAUGAUCAAUCAGUCAAACACGGCAUUUCGAUUUCUUAAUAGGAUAUGACUUUCGUAAUUUGAGACACCUUACUUUCACUUCGUUUAAUAUAAAUAUAUAUGCCUAUGUUAUUGUAAACAACAACUAACUUACUUUUUACAAAAUGAGUAGUAUAAUUUCUUUUGUGCAAAAAACGAG